AUGAUCACCAAAACAAAUUCAAAAUUUUCAGUUUAUUUCUCCUUCAAGAAAUGCGGUAUCUUUGUUUUCAUUUACAUCUUCUUGAUAAUCUUGUUGCUUGGCAAUGCUGCUGCAGUCGUUCUCUUAAUCCUGAAGCCCCGAAUGCCUGUAUUUUCUCUCCAAAAAGUUGAUGUUGAUUCUUAUAAGAUUGAAGUAAAUAACUCGGACCAAAACAUAUUUGUUUCAUCUGUUUCUUCUCUGAUUUUGGAUGCAGAAAAUCCAAACAAGGUCAGGUUAAGUUAUGGCCCUUCGAGGUUUCAUGUCCUUAGUGAAGGACUAGUGAUAGGAUUGAUCCGAAUCCCUCAGUUUCAUCAGCCUCCUCUCAGCAAAAAUGUAAGCGUGCAGAUGCAGGUAUCGUUUGAAGGCAUGAACAUUAGCAAAAUGAUCGCAUCUGCAGGAAAUUCAUCCAAAGAUAGCAAUAUUUUCCCGAUUAGGAUAUCAGGUGAAAUGAGAGUUCAGGUCGGGAUUCUAAAUAUCACGUUUCCAAUGCUGAAGAUAGCGUUGGACUGUGAAAUAAGUAUGUCGCAUCUUUCAUUUCUCAAUGAGGUGUACAGCAUGAGAUGGAUUAAGAACAAAAAUAUGAUUUCGCUUCCUCUGAAUUCCAAUGCAUUCUCCAACAAGUGCUCUAUGGCUAGCCUUGGAAUUGGAUCACUCUUAUGUCAGUCAGCCAUGGCUAAAGUCUUGAUCUUGAUUUUCUUGGCUCUCUCUAUCCGAGCGAGCUGCAGACAGCUCAUAGAGCGUCGAAAACCAGCUGCACUCUUCAUCUUUGGCGACUCUUUCUUCGACCCCGGAAAUAACAAUUACAUUAAAACUACAACUCUUGACCAGGCCAAUUUCUGGCCUUAUGGAGAAACCUACUUCAACUACCCCACUGGAAGAUUUUCUGAUGGCCGCCUGAUUUCUGAUUUUAUAGCUGAAUAUGCAAAACUGCCAUUGAUUCCUCCAUAUCUGCAGUCAAGAAAUUAUAACACAGUUUACUUUGGGGCGAACUUUGCAUCAGCUGGAGCAGGGGUAUUACCAGAAACAUUUCGAGGAGAGGUAAUUGAUCUUAGAACGCAGCUAAAAUACUUCGAGAAAGAGGUAAAUGCAGCUCGAUUGAGAAAGAAAGUUGGGGCUUUUGGUUCAAAAAGGAUUUUAUCAAAUGCUGUCUACUUGUUUAGUGCCGGGACGAAUGAUUAUAUGAGCCCUUUUGUGCUAAAAAAUUCAUCCAUGCUGCCUUCUCAUCAAGAAUACAUUGCCAUGGUAAUUGGUAACCUCACACAAAUAGUAAAAGCCGUGUAUAAAAGAGGGGGCCGAAAAUUCGGGUUUCUGAAUUUGGGAGACUUAGGUUGUCUUCCGGGCUUAAGAAUUCUUAAACCACAAAACGAAAGUGGAUGUUUGGAAGAGGCUUCAACCUUGGCAAAACUACACAAUGAAGCACUCCGAAAUAUCCUCUACAAAAUGAAGAACCGCUUGAAGGGUUUUGAAUAUUCUCUUUAUGACUUCAACACCUAUCUUCGACAAAUUCUCAAUCACCCUUCAAGAUACGGUUUUAAGGAAGGUGAAAAAGCAUGCUGCGGAAGUGGGAGUUACAAUGGAAUAUUUAGUUGUGGAGGAAAAAGAGGAGUGAAGGGAUUUGAGCUUUGUAAAAAUCCAAAUGAAUUCAUCUUUUGGGAUUCUUAUCAUUUGACAGAGAGUGUGUACAAACAAAUGGCACGUCAAAUGUGGAAUGGACCCUCUAUAGGACCUUACAACCUCAAGCGAUUUUUUCAAUGCCUCUAA